GAGUCAAGUUAGCAUAUAUGCGCUAGUGGUCCUGGUCUGUGGUCUAUAUAAUAGUGAGCCUUAUUCUAUGAAUAGUGAGCCUGUCUUUAUCUAUGAUAGUGAGGUCUGUGGUUAGGCAGAGACAUAGAUAAAGUGUCCGGUUUAGGUUAACAAUGUGCGGCACAUGUGAAGUUUCUUGCAACCAAAUAUUUACUUUAUCUUAAACAAAACUGUAAUUAAUAAAUCGAAUAUACCUUUAAACUGAUUACAUUGCAUGGAAGCAACCACAAUGGCAUCGUUGAAACGUCCAAAUACUAAUGAGGACGACGAAGAAAUCUUGAGGCAACAGGCAGAAUUUCUCAAAAACAGAGCAGCGAACAAAGUGUUUCCAGCUGCAAAACUAAUUAAAGCCAACAAAGAAAAUGGCAUUUCGACGACGCAACAAAUGAGGGGCCUUGUUGAGCCUGUAGAAGACAAUAACUCGAACAUUCGAGACCGAAUAGGGAACACAUUUGAGGAUAUUCCCACCAAUUUUCCGUUGCGACCUAUUUUGGAAAGAAAGCAUGGAUCCUCCACGGACAUCAGCAGAUUAACGUUCCAUAGUGGCGGCUUUCCAAAAGUAUUCAAACGAGAUCCUAGCAUUAAUCCAAAAAGCGGCUGCAUCUUUGGCGCGCACAUGGAACUAUUGGAAAAAGCUACCGCUCAACUGCCAAUGGAUACCACGCAAUUGCAAAUUGGAGAAAAACAAUUGGAUGGAAGUGUGACAAUGUCUACCAGCUCAGCAACCAAAGAAAAUGGCAUUUCCACGACACAACAAAUGAGGGGCCCUGUUGAGACUGUAGAAGACAAGAACUCGAACAUUCGAGACCGAAUAGAGAACACAUUUGAGGAUAUUCCCAGCAAUUUUCCGUUGCGACCUAUUUCCGCAAAGCAUGGAAUUUCCACGGACAUCAGCAGAUUAAAGUUCGAUAGUGGCGGCUUCCCAAAAGCAUCCAAACGAGAUCCCAGCAUUAAUCCAAAAAGCGGCAGCAUCUUUGCCCAGCACACCAAACUAUUGAAAAAGGCUACCGAUCAAGUGCCAAUGGAUACCAUGCAAUUGCAAAUUAGAGAAAACAAAUUGGAUGGAAGUGUGACAGUGUCUACCAGCUCAUCGACCAAAGUGUCUACAGCAGCAGAAAGAUCCACAGUUUUAUCAUCCUCUGACCGGCAGCAGAUUCACAGUCAGAACUUAGAAACGCUUCAUUCAAUGAGUGCUGAGGAAAUCCUGGCUGAAAAGGAAAAACUUCUAGCCUCUUUGGAUCCAGCCAUAGUGCAGUUUUUAAGGGCCCAAAGCUCUAAACCAAAUACUGAAAGUGAAACUCGAAAUAAAACAAUCAAAGAACAAAAUGAAGCAGCUGAGGAAAUGAGUGUUGAUCAACUGGACGUGCCCAAGGAAAUAUUAUCAAGGCCUGAUGCCGCGGGUUGGUUAAAUUUCAACGAAUUUGAAGCGAACAAGUUGGCCUGGAUGCAGAACAUGCCCAUAACAUCCCUAAAGAAGACCGAGGGUUUUGAGGCGCGCUUUGACUUUGAAGGAUACCUCCUGCCACAUGGUGCAGCUCAAAUAACUGAGACCAAUCGCCAUUUGUUCCACCACGGAGACGAACCCGAACGACCUGGAUACAGCUUGCAGGAAUUGCUGCUUUUGUCCAGAUCCAAUAUAAUUCAACAGCGAAUUAUCGCGUUGAACACAUUAGGAAACGUCCUCAGUUUGGAUCAAACGGGAAUGUACGACCAAGUCAUCGAUAUUCCUAUUGAGCAAGUGUUUUUUGUUCUAAGAGUUUGUCUGGACGAUAACACACCGUCAGUGCUUACUGCGGCAGUUAAAGCCUUGCGAAACUUGGUGUAUUUUCAAAUCGAUGAAACGUGUUUGGACAACAUGUGGAGUUUUGGGGUGGGAAUAAUCCAGCCGACAUUAGCAGUCGAUGAAACUAAAGAAGAUGACAAUACAGUGAAUGAUCAACAGUUAGCUGAGAUUAAUUUGAUCAAAUGUUUGGCCAGAACUGAGAUACUUUCCAGGAUUAGGUAUAUCAUCAAUUCGGUAAAACCCCAAACAGAAACAAUAAUCUACUGCAUUGAAAUACUGACAAGGCUUGCAAGAGAUUCGGAAUUCAUUGUCAAUAAAAUGAUCCAAACCGAGGUGCUUUUAAGCAGCCUUGUUAAGUAUUUUCUGCCGCCCACGAAGAGUAUGGGCAUUUCUCAAGAAGGGCCGGGCUACAACAUGCCGCUGCCCCAAAUGGUUAAGUUGAUAACGGUUUUAUCGACCAGAAGCAGAACUCUUGCACAACAUUUACUGAAUAAGCAUAACUUAUUGAAUAUUGUGGUGGCCUAUCUUUACGACGACUAUUUUGCACAAAACGUGGCUGGAAUGCGACUGCAAGUGGAAUGCUUCCAUUAUUGGACAGUCCUGAUACAUUAUGGUUUAGCCUCCGAUUCCAUAAGGCAAAACGAACCAUUUUUGAUGAAAUGUUUGGACUAUCACUUUCAACAUACCGACAACGCCAGCGCUACCACUCUAAUAAGACAAAGCCACCUUGGGGCGCUUCUGAUUCUCCUAGCGAAAAUUGCGGAAAAAGGCAUCGACUUAUUCCCAGAUUUAUCCAGAAAAUGUUUCGCGAAAUGGAUAAGCCAGUGGCAGCAUUUUGACCAGUAUAAGUGUAGCCGAUCCCAGAUUUCAUCAGCGAUACUUUAUUAUGCUGCUGCACGCAGCAGAUAUGGAACAAGCAUUCACAAUGUGGAGCUUUUGGAAACAAUCCUGGAUUCCACCGGCUUCAAUGCGGCUACUGCUAAUGUUAUAAAUGGUUCUUUGCUGUUAAACAACUACGAAACUCAUAAAACCACAGCUAAUCUCAAGUCACUAGAGGCUGCUACGUGGUUUUCCAUGGAUCAUAUUGUACCAGUAAUGCAAACGAACAGCUGCAUACCUUUCUUGUAUGCCCUUUCCAUGUGCAUACUAAGCGACAAGUCGUCAGCAAAGCUGAAAACCAAGUUUCUGAACGACCCAAAAGUAAAGGAAUACACCAACGCUCUGAAGUCGGCCAAGUGUUACUUUAACAUGGGCAAUUGGUUUACCAGAUGUGAAAGCCUGUUGAUAAUGAAUCUACUGAAAAUCGCUCAAAUUGUGCAGGACAGAGUCGAUCCGUCGCUGUAUUACGACAUUGCAGUUAAAUGCCUGUGUGUGUUCAGUUCUGAGCAGAAACCUGAUAUGAUGUACUUGUUGGAGAAUAUAGUGUUUUGUCCCAGAUUCUACUCAGUGGAGGUGGCGAUGGCAAAUAUUCGGCUGAGUGAGAGAAACGAAGAUAUGGAUCGCGCAUGGAAGCAUCUAGAUGAUAUCAAGAAAGUCUACUCAGACGUGCUAGGACUAACACAUAAUACCACGGCGUUUGACUCAACUCUCACUUUGGACAUGAGUAUAGGCAACGUAAUACCCAUCGAUUGGAUUUACACUCCCCUGGUGUGGUUCUAUUCCACCCAACAGAAAAAAGCCAAGAACAAAGCGACGGAUGAGUCGAAAGAUUUGUUCAUCAUUGUAAACUGUUUGCGAUGGAUUUUCAUCUAUGAAACACACUUUGAAAGUCUGGCGAAAUCGAUCAGUCCCACUGAAAAGUACGUUCGAUUGGCAUGUUUGUUCUUGGGCAGUGACAACUUGUUUUUAAACGACGAGGUGCAGCGUUUGCUAACUCGCACAUACCAAUUCCUCAUCAAGGCCGAGGACAAGCUGAAUUUUGAACAGGACAUUGCAGGUCUUGGAAACUUCAACGAUUUCUUUGUUCAACUGUUGGAACAAUAUCAAGCGGUCAGUUACGGAAACAAGGUAUUUGCAAACGUCUUGUUGUUGCCGUUAGUGAAAAGACACAAUGUUAAAUAUCGGAAAACCUUAUGGUCUGAAUAUAUGGGCGUUGUUGAGACGUUUUCCGUUUUAAAGGACGAGGUGUGGAUUAAGGCUGAAGACCUAAUUUAUCCAGUUGAUACCGAUGUGUCUUUGUAUCAAUGUUACUCAAAAGCAUUGGCGACUAGAGCGGUGCGAGACAACAGUAUUAUGUUCCAUAUUGCUUCAGCCAAUACGCAACAAUCCAGAGCACGAAAUUAAUAUAUUUGCUAUUUUUGUAAUGUGUACCAAAUAGGAAUAAAAUAGUUAAGGAAC